GCUCGCGCCGCUUCCCGGCGGCAUGGCCGUGUUCCACGACGAGGUGGAGAUCGAGGACUUUGAGUACGAUGAGGAGACCGGGACCUACAGCUACCCGUGCCCCUGCGGGGACCGAUUCCUCAUCACGCGGGAGGACCUGGAGAACGGGGAGGACGUGGCCACCUGCCCCAGCUGCUCGCUGAUCCUGCGCGUCAUUUAUGACCAGGAGCAGUUCAUGCGGGAUGAAGUCGUGGCAGAACCUUUGCCAAACAAGGAAUUGGUCAAGUGCUGAUGAAUGCCUCGUGGACUGUGCUGCUUUGGAAUGAGAAAGUAUGGGAAUGGUGACUGUGGAAAGAGUUGUGGUUCUCCUUCUGGAAGUGCUUGCUGCUGUGGGAUACACGUGCAAUAACUGUCUGUCUUCUUAACAUAAAUGAGAGUUUGCUGGGACAUCAAACACAUGAAUGUGUUUUGUUCCAAAAGGUUAUACUCUUAAAAAUAUGUAUAUAUAAGUUGCUCUAUGUAUUCCAGAAUGCUUAAUGAUCCUGAUUUACAGUAAGUCAGUACACAGAAGAGUGUGGAGUUGGGAAAUUAUAACAUUUAGUCUAGCAGUGGCUUCUUAGUGGAGAAAAACAGGCUUUAUGAGGGUAUAUGUGAGUGUGAAAUGGCACAGAGCUGAAAUGUUGGGAGGCAAGAUUUAGGAGUCCGUAGGGCACAAUGCCAUACAGAGUUGACACAGUGCAGCUUCUCCCAGGAUGUGGGCUUUUGUACUUCCAGCCCAUACUGAACACGGAGGGAAAACAAGAGACCCAGAGCCAACAUUUACCCAGUGUUGGUAAAUUGUCUUUAUACCUGUAAGCACAGGGAAGGUGCAGUUAUCCAUGUAUCUGCAGUGGGGGAAACACUUGAGUUGGGGCAGAUUUGUUUCUUAAUUUGCUUCUAAAGUUGCUUUGAAAGAACUUGGGUAGUUGUUACCAUAUGACUCUGACAUAAUAAUGACACACUUUUGAGGGUGUUGGUGAAAUGGAGUCAACCUUCUUUUUACCCCUGCAUAGCUACUAAUGUGCAGACAGACUGGAACUUGAAGUGGGUUGUAUUUUACCCCUAUAUUCUCAACAACUUUGUGAUUUGACUAUCACAGUAGAUAUAAAAUGGGCUGCAGUUCUUUGUGCCAUUUAUAAUAAAUUCCUCAGCCUUUAUUAGAUUCUGUCACUUCCUGGAUAGGAGAUGGACACAUUUCACUUAACUAAUAAAUGCAUUCUUUAGGGUGUGAGAACAUACUCCACAUUGAUUCCAAGACUGCUGCUUGAAUUACAAGCCACUGCACUUGAUUAUUUACUUAAAAUUGUAGUAAUUCCUGUGUUUUAAUAGGAUUUGGUAUCUGUGAAGGUAAAUUUGGGGAAAAGUACCUGUGAAGAGUUUAUAUAACCAUUUUGCUCCAGGCACUAAAAAUAAGCAAGUUUUACUGCAUUCCUGCAUUUAGUUAUUUUAGUUCUUACAGCGUCCUGUGAAUGUUGAAGAUGAACAUUCUAGUUCUUUUAAGAAAAGGAGAGGGGAAAAAACCCUACGUUUAGUUGGAAGUUUUGAAUGCAGUAAGCACAACCCAGAGUGUUUCCAUGCCUAAACCAGGAGGUGGCACUCGUGUUCCUUCGACAUACGUGCUUUAAAAAACAACAAAAAAGUUGUGGUACUUUGGUUAGCUAUGCCUUAUCAAAUAUUUAUUUUGACUAUUUAAAUAAAGAUGUU